UUUCUCGUUUGGUCCGGCGCGGUCACGCUGAGUAGUUCGUGCUGCUCAACCAGAUAAGUUCCGCCAGAAUAAUAAUAACAUAAACAAAUAGAAACAUAAAUUCGAAAUGAGCUGCAAAACGAGCACUUUAAAGUACUCGUUUUUCUUCUCUAAUACAAUAUGGCUGAUAAUUGGAAUCCUAGUGAUCGUUUCCGGAGCCCUUAGCUUGGGAAUGGUGGGGUAUGGGUAUGUUAUUGGCAUCCUGGUCGUGGGUGUCGUUAUAAUUUUGACAUCCCUGUUUGGCUACUAUGGAGCCGUUCGCGAAGGACCGCGCAUGCUCUGGAUGUACGUGUCAUUUCUGCUGGCUUUGCUGGUAGUAGUAUUGACCUUCAUCAUCCUUCAUCCCAAAGAUAUAUUUAAGAACUACGCUAUCCAAGAAGUCAAGGAUCAUUGGAAACUUGAGGAGACUCAUCCAGGUAGCAUGGAUACUAUUCAGACAUCUUACCAAUGCUGUGGCCUAGAUGGUGCCGCGGACUACCUGAAUAGCAAAGUCUGGAACCACACUGCACCCAACAGUUGCUGCAAGGAGAAUAUCUGUGUGAAUCCCCUGAAUCUCAAUCGGGAGGGAUGUCUCAGGAAUGUGGAACUUUCUUUUGAGGAUGAGAACUCGAUAGUAAGGUAUAUGGAGUGGGGACUGUUCGGAUUUAAUAUUGUCAUGCUCGUGCUGGGCGCAAUUUUGGCCAUUCACUACACGAAUAGCCAGAGACGUUUCAACUAUUAGCGACACAUUACCACUUCACAAAACAAUUUUCUUAACCUUUAAACACAAGUGAUAUAGUGAAAGAUUAUCAUGCACUGAAAAAUGCUUUAAUUUGAAUUAUGGUUCCAAAUACAUUCCAUUAUUUUAGAAAAAAAUCAAAACCAAAUGUGAACAAAAUCAGCCUUAAUACAACUUGAGAUGUCUUGAAGAGUUUACCAUUUAAUGAAUGUACAAAGUCUUUUUCAACAAAGCAUAAGUAUUAACAAAUACCAAUAAUUGUUAUUUUUUUGUAUCAAAAUAAAAAUGUCCGAAAUUAAA